AAGAUACAGAAAUCCCUAGAUAGGACUAAAUCUGGCUGAACUAAACGAAGACACUCUGAUACCUACAAAUGAUAAGAGAAUUGAAUUUUUUAUCAUAUAAUUAAGAAAAUAUCAUUUCCAAUCCAGCAAACCUAUAAUAUUUUAAACAUGAAUGGUAUAAUACCUGAAAUGGAACAAAUCAUUAGUCAACUUGAAAGGGGAACUGUAGUAACAAAAUUUUUUUCAAGAAAAAGACCAGAAAAGAAAACUCUUAUGAUAAGAAGAGAAACUAGACAAAUCGUAUGGUCACGGAGUGCAACGUUUAGACCAUUUGAUGGUUCAGUCGAAAUAAGAGAAAUCAAAGAAAUUAAAGUAGGGAAGCAUUCUAAAGAUUUUGAGAAGUGGCCAGAAGAUGCAAAAAGAAUAGAAAAUCUUAGAUGUUUUGUUGUAUAUUAUGGUUCUGAAUUUCGCCUUAAAACUCUUUCAAUUUCUGCUCUUAGUGAAAAAGAGUGUGAACUUUGGGUAAAAGGAUUACGUCGGUUGGUUCAAGAUACUAUAAAAGCUCCUUAUCCUUUACAAGUUGAAAGAUGGCUAAGAAAAGAAUUUUAUGCAAUGGAAAAUUCAAGGGAAACAGUUACUUUAAAAGAUAUAAAAGCAUUUUUACCUAGAGUUAAUUGUAAAACAGCAACAAAUAAACUUAGGGAACUUUUUCAAGAAAUAGAUACAAGAAACAGAAAUGAACUUGGCUUUGAUGAUUUUGUUGCACUUUAUCAUAAACUCAUCUUUGAUCAAAGUAAUCUUACAGAUUGGAGUAAAUUACUUAAUUAUUCUAAAACGGGACAGAUUGUUACAGUACAAGAGUUCCAAAAUUUUUUAAUAACUGAACAACAAGAUCCUUUAGGAAAUAAUGAGGUUGAAGUAUCGUGUUUCAUUAGAGAUUAUUUACAAGAUCCUCAAAGGGAUGUACAGGAACCGCACUUUACGUUCUCGGAAUUUAUCGAUUUCCUGUUUUCGAAACAAAAUUCAAUAUGGGAUUCAAAAUAUUCACGAAUUUAUCAAGAUAUGACUAAACCUCUUGCACAUUAUUGGAUAGCAUCAUCACAUAAUACAUACUUAAUGGGAGAUCAAAUUAGCAGUGAAAGUAGUUGUCAAGCUUAUGUUCGCGCGUUAAGAGCUGGAUGUAGAUGUAUAGAACUUGAUUGUUGGGAUGGGCCAGAUGGAAUGCCCUUUAUUUUUCAUGGGCACACACUCACUACAAAGAUUAAAUUUUUAGAUGUCAUUAAAACCAUCAAAGAGCAUGCUUUUGCUACCUCUGAUUAUCCUGUUAUUUUAUCCAUUGAGGAUAAUUGUACUUUACCACAACAACGUAAAAUGGCAAUUACAAUGCAAGAUGUAUUUGGCGAUAUGUUAUUAGUUCAACCUGUAGAUAAAAAUGAAACUUCUUUACCAUCACCACAUGCACUGAGAAGAAAAAUUAUAUUGAAACAUAAAAAACUACCUGAUGGCGUAGAUGAAACAUCAUUUCUGAUUCGAAAUGAUGAAAGUAGGCAAGAAAUGGAUCUUCGAAAUACAGUUAAAAAUGGCAUUCUUUAUCUUGAAGAUCCCGUUGACAGAGAAUGGAAUCCACAUUUUUUUGUAUUAACACAGCAGAAACUAUUUUACACAGAUACAUUUUCUAGAACCCAAGAAACUGAACACGAUGAUGAUGAAGAAACUGUAGUUCGACGACCGACUGAUGGAGUACCAAAUGACGAAUUACAUUUUGGAGAAAAAUGGUUUCACGGUAAAUUAGCAAGAGGAAGAGAAGAAGCAGAAGAAUUACUACGACGUUAUUCGCACCUCGGUGAUGGCACAUUUUUAGUUAGACAGUGUGUUACAUUUGUGGGUGAUUACUGCCUUUCAUUUUGGCGCAAAGGAAAAGUAAAUCAUUGCCGUAUUAAACUGAAACAAGAAAUGGGUCAAACACAAUAUUAUCUGAUUGAUACAAAUUGUUUUGAUAGUUUAUAUAGUUUAAUUACACAUUAUCGCAAUCAUCCAUUAAGAAGUCAAGAAUUUUUAAUCACGCUUCAAGAACCUGUCCCACAACCAAACAAACACGAAGAAAAAGAAUGGUGGCAUGCUGAAUGUACUCGAACUCUAGCCGAAGAAAUGUUAAAACGAAUUCCUACAGAUGGUGCAUUUUUAGUAAGACCAAGUGAAAAAGAAAGCAAUUCUUAUGCUAUAUCUUUUAGAGCAGAGAAAAAAAUUAAGCAUUGUAGGAUUAAACUAGAAGGACGUUUAUAUACUAUUGGUACUGUACAAUUUGAAAGUUUGGUUGAAUUAGUUAAUUAUUAUGAAAGGCACCCGUUAUAUAAAAAAAUUAAAUUAAGCCACCCUGUAAAUCAAGAUGUUAUUAGAAAGAUGGAAUUGGAUAUAGAUGAUGGAUCUGUUUAUGGUAUUCCCGGUUAUAUGGACCCUACUAGUUUUACGUCAAAAGUGACUGUAAAAGCUAUAUAUGAUUAUAAAGCAAGGAGGGAUGAUGAAUUAACAUUAGUAAAACAUGCUAUAAUAACAAAUGUACACCGACAAAGUGGUGGUUGGUGGCGAGGAGAUUACGGCGGUAAAAGGCAACAUUGGUUUCCCGCUAGUUACGUGGAAGAAAUAAAACCGCAAGAAAACCAAGGAGAUUCAGCAGAUUCUAUGAUGUUUGGUAGCCUACAAAAAGGCUCAUUAGACAUUAUGGGUGCUGUGGUUGAAUUAAGAGUAGGAGGUCGAUCUGGAUUAGAAUGGAUACUAAGAAUACAAAAUCCUAGUAUGUGUUCAGUAUUUGAAGUAGCAACUUCAUCGAAAGAUACAGCACUAGAAUGGAUGUCCAGUAUUAAAGAAACUGCACAAAAUGCCAGUGUUAGAGAAAAUCAACACAAAGAAAUGGAACGUGCAUGGAGAAUAGCUAAAGAAAUGUCUAAUCUAAUAGUUUAUUGUAGAUCCGUCGCAUUUAAUUUAGACAGAAUAAAAACAAAAGGUUUUGUAUUUAAUGAAAUGAGUAGCUUCCCUGAGACAAAAGCUGAGAAACUUAUGUGUCAGCAAGAAAACAAGUUUUUUAUAAAAUAUCAUCAGAUUCAAUUUAGCAGAGUAUAUCCAAAAGGACAACGUAUCGAUUCAUCAAAUUAUAAUCCUGUGCCAAUGUGGAAUGCUGGUUGUCAGAUGGUAGCACUGAAUUAUCAAACUGGUGAUAAAUCAAUGCAGCUUAAUCAGGCAAAAUUUAAAGAAAACGGCAGUUGUGGUUAUAUUUUAAAACCGGAAUUCAUGUUUAGAGAUGAUUUUAAUCCGUAUGAUAAAAACUGUUCACAUGGAAUGGAAUCACUUAAGUUUUCUUUAAAAGUUAUUGGUGCAAGACAUUUAAUUAGAUCAGGAAGAGGUAUAGCUAGCCCUUUCAUUGAAAUUGAAAUUAUAGGAGCUGAUUUUGAUUCUGGUAUAAAAUUAACAACAAGAACAAUACCUGAUAAUGGAUUUAACCCCACGUGGAAUGAAUCUUGCGAGUUCGAAGUUUUUAAUCCAAACUUCGCCUUCAUACGAUUCGUUGUGCAGGAUGAAGAUAUGUUCGGUGAUAGUAAUUUUAUUGGACAAGCCACUUAUUCUGUUCGAUGUUUACGACCAGGAUAUAGAAGCAUCCCAUUAAAAAAUAAUUAUAGUGAAGAUCUUGAACUCGCAUCAUUAUUGGUACAUCUUCGAAUUACAUCUUCAGCCACACAUUCACAUAGUUUGUGAAACCAAUACUAAAUUACAGACUUUAAGGUGUUUGAUACAUAAUCAGAGACGGAAAAAGGUAAACGUUCAAAAUUUACAUUUCUUCAUAAAGUAGUUCUUACAUUUAUGUAUAUAGCAUUAUAUAAUACGAAUCCUAUCAUUUCAGAUUAUUAUUUAACAUAAAUACUAUUACAUGAAAUAUUUUAAUCUAAAUCAGAAGUUAACUGAAAUACUAUUAUAAAACAGACUGGUUAUCUACAAGAAUUGAAAUCUUCAAAUUGGAAUCAAUGAUUAUGAAGGAAUAUACUUUUCUUUUUGUAACCAAUUACAUAGAUAAUUUAAAGACAUUAUAUGCUAUGUAUAAUAUAAACAAAGUAGCUAUUACAGUAUUGAAAAAGUAAUAGAUAUUAAACAUAGUCGAAUAUGAGGAAACGCAAUAUCUUUAAAAACGUGACAUAUUAAUAAGAUGAGAUUAAAAAAAAAAUCUUUAUUAUAUGUAAAAAGAUCAUUGUGAUUUAGCAUAGACUAUCUUUAUACUUUUUAUGUAAAGAAUAACAAAUCAGGCACUGACAUAUCGAGAUACAUCUUCAAGUUGUAUUAUAUCACUUCUUUCAUUCAGACAAAAAAAGUAGAUACGAAUAACGAGGCCUUCAGCUAUGAUAUAUUUUAGACUGAAUCAAUAUGUACAAUACGCUUCUAAUUCUUUUAAUAAGAAUGGUGUUUUCAUAUUAAUACUAUUUAUUUAUUGUUUCAAAGCUAUAUAAUUUUAAUUUAGUAAUGUAGUAUAUAAAAAAACUAAACGAUGAGAGGCUCAUUACUAAAUGAUAUACAUACAUGUGUAUUGCCUUUCAUAUAAAAUCAUAAACUUUGGGCUAUAUAAAAUGAGAUAUAAAUGUACUUAUUGAAGUAAUGUAUCAUGAAGUUACGUAUUCAGUAAUAGUAUUGGAAACCAGAAAAAAAUAAUUCUGAAUACAAUUAAUUAAACUUACACACUUAUUAAGAAAUAUUACAAUAAGCAUGUUAUAUCUCAUUUAUAUGUUAUAUAUUUUAUAUUCCUAACAUUUUUUUAUCAUCGUUCCUAUUGAUACAAAAUUUUAUAUUUAAAAAUAAUAUUACUAUAAAUUACUUGUUAGAAACAAGGAAAUAGUAAUGGAAGUUUUUGAUAUAAUUUUAUGUAGUAUAUUAACCUUUUCGCUAUCGCCGUUUAAGGAAAAAGUCUUUAUUCACAGCUCAAGUUUCAAAUUUUCAACAUGUUACAUAAUAUGACAUAUAUUUUUACAUAUAUAAUAAUGGGAAAUGACAAGUAAAAAGUCUAAGCGGCUUUUAGAAUGCGUUACAUAUUUGUGAUGCGUGGUAGCGAAAAGGUUAAGUACAUUAUUUGUAUACUUCAUAACUUUUUUUUUUACAUUAUAAUUAAAUAAUAUUCUAUUGUUUAGUAAUUUUAAUAGAAAUUUAAUUAAAAAAAUAUAAUUUUUUGUAUAAUUUCUUGUUUUUAUAAGGAUAUGUUAUGCUUAUAAUUAUAAUAAUAUUUCACUAAUAUGUCUUCAUUUUGUAAUAGUUAAUUUAAAUAUACAAUAACAAUAACGCUAUUGAUUAAAUCAGCUUCCUAAAAUCACAUACAUGAUUAAAAUGAUAAAUUAUUCUAAUACCACAUGCAUAUUAAAAAUAUAUUCAUAUAUAUAUUCGGUAUAAUUAAAUACUAUGUACACAACCAAUUCAUAAAAAUGAAGAAUAAAAUAUAUGUUAUUAUUUGUUCAUUAUUA